AUGAUGCUUAAUUAAAAUUUGAAAAUCCUAGCCUCAUAAGUACUUUUAGAGCAAGCCUAAUAUAUAUAAAUUUUAGAGCAAAGACUAAAUCAAUAAGAAAUUUACUUAAUUAGUAAUGUUAUUUAAUAAUCUGAAAUUUCUUACAUUAAAUAACAAAUUGAAAAGCUAGCAAUAGAAUAUUAAUCUUUACUUAUUUAGAAGUACUUAAAGGAGUAAUUAUUUUAUACUAUAAAGAGCAAUAACAUAAUUUUUAAUCAAAUUAGAUUAUAUUUCUUUAUAAUAAUCAUUUGAAAGUUAACCUGAUGAUUUAAAAUGUUACAUCUCAACUAUUAAGUACUUGUCAUCAUUUAUUACAAAUAUUCCCAGUUUUUUUUAGUUUAUGUAAGAACUUAAUAUUUGUUUAUAACAUUAUAAUUAAAUUGAUUGUACUAAAACUGUUGCAAGGAGAGCUUAUAAAUUAAUGAAAUUCCAAGAAUUAUUAUGUUAUUAUAUGGAUCAAUUUUAAAAGUAGAAAGGAAUAGAUUUAAAUAAAUAUUAUAAUAUAUAAAGAAAUAUGUAAAGAUAUAAGAAUUUAGGGAAAAUCAAAUUUGAUUUUAAGAAAUAAUAAAAAAAACCUUCAUUUUCUAAUAUACCUAAUUAAUCCAUAUUAUCUACAUCAUAAUCAAAUUCAUAUUCUGUAACACCUCAACCUAAAAUUUUAGGAUAUACUGAUUCUUAUUAAUAAUCUUAAAUUUCAUCAACAAUAAAUUAAUAAAAUAAUUGUUCAUCUCUAAUAUCCCAAGUAUCCUAACUACAAAUUAAUCCUUAAAUUAAUAAUUUUUCAUAUUAAUAAUAAAAUUCAUUGAUAUAUGCUCCAUAAGUUUAAAAUCAAUAAAUCUAUGGACUAUCAGCAAUAUAAUAACCAAUUAUUUCUGAAAAUAGCUCAAAUUAUAAUUAUCCACCUAUGCCUCAAAGUUAUUAUGGUAAUAAGACUUAAACAUUUUAAUAAUAACCAUAAGAAUAAUAUUCAAUACAUUAAUAGUUUUAGAUUCUGCCAUAAAAUUAAUAAAUAUACUAAUAGUAAUAAUAAUAAUAAUAAUAAUAAUAAUAAUAAUAAUAAUAAUAAUAAUAAUAAUAAUAAUAAUAAUAAUAAUAAUAAUAAUAAUAAUAAUAAUAAUAAUAAUAAUAAUAAUAAUAAUAAUAAUAAUAAUAAUAAUAAUAAUAAUAAUAAUAAUAAUAAUAAUAAUAAUAAUAAUAAUAAUAAUAAUAAUAAUAAUAAUAAUAAUAAUAAUAAUAAUAAUAAUAAUAAUAAUAAUAAUAAUAAUAAUAAUAAUAAUAAUAAUAAUAAUAAUAAUAAUAAUAAUAAUAAUAAUAAUAAUAAUAAUAAUAAUAAUAAUAAUAAUAAUAAUAAUAAUAAUAAUAAUAAUAAUAAUAAUAAUAAUAAUAAUAAUAAUAAUAAUAAUAAUAAUAAUAAUAAUAAUAAUAAUAAUAAUAAUAAUAAUAAUAAUAAUAAUAAUAAUAAUAAUAAUAAUAAUAAUAAUAAUAAUAAUAAUAAUAAUAAUAAUAAUAAUAAUAAUAAUAAUAAUAAUAAUAAUAAUAAUAAUAAUAAUAAUAAUAAUAAUAAUAAUAAUAAUAAUAAUAAUAAUAAUAAUAAUAAUAAUAAUAAUAAUAAUAAUAAUAAUAAUAAUAAUAAUAAUAAUAAAAAAUUCAAUAAUUUUAAUAUCAAUAGAGCUAAUAAUAAUAUUAAUAAGAGCAAUUAAAAUCUUAAUAAUAAUAUUAAAAUUAUCUUGGUUAAUAAUUUAAAUAAGAACAAAAUUAAAUUUAAUAAAACUAAAUAUCAUUUUAAGAGGAUUCAGUUUAAUAACAAGUGAUUACAGAUUCAGUUUUUUAAAAAUCAUUAUCAGAGAUAUCUGAAGUAUAGAAUAUGACUUUAUAAUAAUUUGGUUUUGAUAAUUCAAUUUAACCAGAGAAGAUUCAAUUGGAUGAUGCAUCAUUUUAAGAAUAAAUUAACUAAAAGGAAGAAAAUCAAAAUUUGUAAAUUAAUUAAGGCAAUUAAAAUUUUUUAAUUUUAGAAUAGUCAGAAUUUGAAGAAUUAGUGAUAAAUAAAGCAAAAACAACAUAAAUUCUAUUGGAUCCUUAAACAAAUUAAUAAGUUUAUUCAACAAAACAAUCAUAAUUUAUUUUUGAUAAAAUUAAUUAGAAUGAUUUGGAAUCUAUUAAAUUAUUAGAGAGAUUUCUGGAGAAAAAAUAAAGUUAAUAUGAGAGAGAAGAUUAAAGAAAGUAAAUUUUAUAACUUUUUGAUAUUUGA